UUCAUUCAGUUUAUAUCGGUCCUUGAUCACGCAAUGAUUCUACAGUUUGUACAAGCUUUAUAGUGAUUAACAGUUAAUAAAGCGAAACAUUACCCCCUAAGAACAUAACUGCCUAAGAAGGCAGUCUUUUUCCUAAGAAAGUACUAAAUUCCAGUUCCCAUAGAUAGUAAUCCAUGAAGAUUUUUAACAUUUUCCCCAACGAAUGUGUUAUCUGUAAACAUUAUCAGUGAGCGAUUAUAGUUAUCUAUGUGAUUCAAUACCGGCAACAUUCGACAUGCGUUAGUAAAUAUUCUACUGUUCCACAGAAAGUUAGGUGUCAAAAGAGUAGCAAAACGUUGUCAACAUGCUACGUCCUAUAUUUGGAUUUUUGGGGAAAAUUUUUCAGAUCAUACGCAACAACCUUAAACCUCUUAUCCUACUGGUAUCUUUCGGAACAUUUAUCUGGUUAAUUGUGAACACUACGAACAGACCAGAGUUCACUAGACAUGCUGCAAAGAGCCUGGAAGUCGUUGAAUUCAUCGAACCCAAGAAUCGAUGGAACGAGAACUCUGUACAAAUCUUCCUUUCCAUGCUGGACAUCGAGGCAAACGUGACAGACUUGGUGAAUCGGAGCGAUCAAUGUUCACUGAAAGACGAAACUGUUUUUACGGCAUUCAUAGCAGAUACAGUAGACGAGGCAUUAUGGCAAUACUAUACGCUUAUUGCGCUUGGACAGACGCUCGUGCUGCCCUGGAGUAAUACAUUUCGCGUUAAACAGUUUCUACCGAGAUCUACUAAAGAAAAGCUGGAACAGUUAUUUUACGAGGUCCCAAUGGGCAUCAUGGACGAGCUGCCGUUCAACUGUUACGACAUUGCAAAUGCUCUGAUAGUAACUAGUACAAUCGAUGUUCCGAAGCCGGAGAAACGCAAUCAAAUAUACAUUCUGGACAGUGGGGUGCGUCGUUAUAUGGAUUUAGCAGCCAUACAUCGGAACAUUAAAAUGAGACCGUUACGGCUUGCGCACGCAGAACCCGCAAAUCAACGCCUCAUAAAACUACGCAAUCAAUCAUCUACCUACCUACAAGUGAAAAAUUACACGAGAGUUGAUUUCGUCGGAAUCUACAUCCGGCAAAACGACAUGUUACCAUUUGAAUACUACUACCGAGCAAUCGCUUUACAACGAAAACUUCAUUUAGCAAGACUUAUUUUUGUUGUCAUCUGCGACGAUCCGCUGGGUAAUCCAUGCAGGAAAAUCAACGCACCUUCAGAAGAAGUAUAUGUUCAACCAGCGAAGGAGACCGCUGAAUCCGGUCAGGACUUUGCACUAAUGUCGCUGUGUAAUCACACGAUUGUGUCCAACGAAGUUGGAAUCUUCCAUGCUCUCAACAACGGCGGUAAUACAGUGGUUUACCAGUUCAGCGAACCUACUGACAGGGUUCGCUAUAUGCCGUGGCUCAUAGCGAGCGAGCUAGACCGGUGGUAUAUGUUAGCUUAAGUUAUUAUAACAAAAUCAAUGUAAA